GUCGCGGCCCUUCCAAGCCUCACACUGCUUUCGUAGGAUCAAUUUCGAAUACCCAAACUCGGAGAUAUCACGAGGACGCCCCCGGGCCCCCAAACGCACCUCUCCUCUGGCUGGAAUGGGAGCCUCCAGAAGCAGUGCGAGACCACGGCCAGCGACAGAGGACAAAGUUCCGGAAAUGGAAUUACUGAGUCAGACGAGAAACACAAGUCAUCAGUGAAUUAACAAGCAACACAUUGUCACAUCCAGCUAUUGAAGAGUGGUUAAUUCAGCUUGAUCUUCUAGACUCUUCUGCACCCCACCCCGUCCCCAAUUGCCUUCCAAAGAGAAACAGAAAAUGAUUGAGUCCCAGGAACCAGUGACAUUUGAGGAUGUGGCUGUGGACUUCACCAAGGAAGAGUGGCAGCAGUUGAAUCCUGCUCAGAAGACCCUACAUAGGGAUGUGAUGCUGGAGACCUAUAGUCACCUGGUCUCCGUGGGGUGUUCAGGUAUAAAACCAGAUGUAAUCUUUAAGUUGGAACAUGGAAAGGACCCAUGGAUCAUAGAGAGUGAGUUGUCAAGGUGGAUCUACUCAGACAGAGUGAAAGGCCUUGAAUCUUCCCAGCAGAUCAUUUCUGGAGAACUUUUAUUUCAAAGGGAGAUACUAGAAAGAGCCCCAAAGGAUAAUUCAUUGUACUCUGUUUUAAAAAUCUGGCAUAUUGAUAAUCAGAUAGAUAGAUAUCAAGGAAAUCAAGACAGAGUUUUGAGGCAAGUCACAGUCAUCAGUCAUGAAGCAUUGACUGAUGAGACGGGUUCCAAGUAUAGCGCUUUUGGGAAAAUGUUCAAUCGGUGCACAGACCUUGCUCCUUCAAGUCAAAAAUUCCAUAAGCUUGAUUCAUGUGAAAAUAGCUUGAAGUCCAGUUCAGACUUACUAAAUUAUAACAGGAGCUAUGCAAGAAAGAACCCCGUUGAGAGAUUUGGAUGUGGGAGACCACCUAGGUAUAAUGCUUCCUGUUCUGUGCCUGAGAAGGAAGGCUUCAUUCAUACAGGAAUAGAGCCCUAUGGAGACAGUCAAAGUGAAAAAGUUCUCAGUCAUAAGCAAGCCCAUGUUCAGUAUAAGAAAGUUCAAGCCAGAGAGAAACCCAAUGUUUGUAGUAUGUGUGGGAAAGGCUUUAUCAAGAAGUCACAGCUCAUUAUACAUCAAAGAAUUCAUACUGGAGAGAAACCAUAUAUAUGUGGAGAUUGUAGGAAAGCCUUCAGUGAGAAAUCACACCUCAUUGUGCAUCAGAGAAUUCACACUGGGGAGAAACCCUAUGAAUGUACUGAGUGUGGAAGAGCAUUCUCCCAGAAGUCACCUUUCAUUGUUCAUCAGAGAGUCCAUACUGGAGAGAAACCCUAUGAAUGUUUUGAGUGUCCAAAAGCUUUCUCCCAGAAGUCACAUCUAAUUAUACAUCAGAGAGUUCAUACCAGAGAGAAGUCCUUUGAAUGCAGUGAAUGUGGGAAAGCCUUCUGUGCAACGUCUCAUCUUUUUAUACACCGGAUAACUCAUACUGGGGAGAAGCCCUAUGAAUGUACCGAAUGUGGGAAGACCUUCCCUCGGAAAACACAGCUCAUUAUACAUCAGAGAACGCAUACUGGAGAGAAGCCCUAUAAGUGUAAUGAAUGUGGGAAAACUUUCUGCCAACAGUCCCACCUCAUAGGACAUCAAAGAAUUCAUACAGGAGAAAAACCUUAUGUGUGUACUGACUGUGGGAAGGCCUUUUCCCAGAAGUCACACCUCACUGGUCAUCAAAGACUUCAUACUGGAGAGAAACCUUACAUGUGUACUGAAUGUGGAAAAUCCUUCUCUCAGAAAUCACCUCUUAUCAUACACCAGAGAAUUCAUACAGGGGAGAAACCUUAUCAGUGUGGUGAAUGUGGCAAAGCCUUCUCCCAGAAAUCACCCCUCAUUAUUCAUCAGCGAGUUCACACAGGGGAGAAACCCUAUGAGUGUACCGAGUGUGGGAGGGCCUUUUCCCUGAAGUCACAUCUCAUUCUACAUCAGAGAGGUCAUACUGGAGAGAAACCCUAUAAAUGUAGUGAAUGUGGAAAGGCCUUCUGUGGGAAGUCUCCACUCAUUAUACAUCAGAAAACUCAUCCUAGGGAGAAACCCCCUGAAUGUGCUGAGUCUGGGAUGACUUUUUCCCGGAAAUCACAGAUGAUUACAUAUCAGAGAAGAUACACUGGGGAGAAACCCUCCAGAUGCAGUGACUGUGGGAAGGCCUUCUGCCAGCAUGUAUACUUCACUGGGCAUCAGAAUCCAUAUAGUAAAGACACCAUGUAUAUUUGCUGAUUGUGGGAAGGUCUAUUCCCAGAAGUCAGUCCUCACUGUGCAUGGGAAAACUCACAUUGAACAGAAAUAGUGACAACUUCUCAGCUGUAGAAUAGACUCAUAUGUUCCCCAGUAUAUAUGAUUACCCUUCCACAGAAUGAUCUGGUUAGGCCCUCAGAAUAUUUUCAACACCACAAAUAUGGAAUCGAUUUGCUCACCCUCAAAACUAUCUUGGCCCCCUUCACAGGAUAAAUGUAUCUGCAAGAAUUCGCACUACUUUGGUGUUGUCUGGUCCUUAAAUGCUUUAUAGAA